AUGCAGCACUUUGCACUCACUAACUUGUAUGUUUGGGCUGUCUGCAUCUUGAGAAUUGUAAUUAGCAAUGAUAAAGUUUUCAUACUUGCUUGUCUUAUAUAGAUCUUAUGCAAAUCUAGGAGGAAAAAACAACAGCUAUUCUUCUCUGAAUCGUGUAUUUGCUCCACGUCAAUGGGAGAACGGCUUCUAACUGCUUCGCCCAUACAUCGAUGUCGACACGAUCCUCCUGUCCAUAGCACUCAAUGGCGAUAG